AUGGAACCUGAAUCGGAUCACAGAUCAGCUCCUCCCGGCUCCUUCACGGCAGUUUGAAAAAAAAAAAAAACAGAAGACCUGCGGGGCCAAGCGGAGCAGCAGCCGGCCAUUCAGACCCCUCUCACCGCUGGGAGCCUCUCCACAAUAACGCUGGGGACCGCUGUGACUUUGAGGGGACCUGGAUAGAGACAGAAAAACAGCCUCUGAGCUGCUGGAGGACACUUUUCUUUUUGUUAAUUCUUGUUUUUUGUUUGUUUGUUCCAACCGUUGGACCUGUAACGUCUCACGCGGACAAGCCUUGAAGGAAGUUCCCUCCUUGGCUUUGUUUCUUUGGACUGAGCCAUCCAUCUCAUCAUGGACAGCCUGCUGAGCGAGGCCAGUAAAGGGGCCAGUGCCCUUCAGUCAGCCCAGACCUCGUCACGUCAUAGAUGCCACUUGCUGUCUCUGUUCCUGUAUGACUGACUGUUUCAGAAACAAUAAAGCUUAAAUUCCUCUUGAAUUGCCUGAACAAAAGAGCCAUGCAUCCGGUGCUGUCCCUCGCUGUCUUUUGGCUGCUGCCCCUGGCCUUGACGCUGGAAGAAGACUCACGGCUCGACUGCCGCCCCCGUAGAUCCGUGCCCUAUCGUAGUGACAACGCUCAGAGGUUUCAUGAGGAGGGAGUAUUCAACUACUCCACCAUGCUUUUGAGAGAAGAUCUGGACCUGCUUGUGCUUGGUGCCAGGGAGGCAGUGUACGCACUUGAACUGAAAGACAUCUCGAAGAAACGCACUUCAGUAAAAUGGGAAGUGACCCCAAAGCAAAAAGAUGAGUGCAGAAACAAAGGAAAAGAUCCUGAGAUGGACUGUAAGAACUAUAUCAGGGUCCUGCACAAGACAGAGGACGACAGGAUGUAUGUGUGUGGAACCAACGCUUUUGAUCCGGAGUGUGAUUAUAUGUCCUUUGCAGAUGGAAUGCUGACUCUUGAGAACAAAAGAGAGGAUGGCAAAGGGAAGUGUCCAUUUGAUCCUUUUCAGAGAUACGCCUCCAUCAUGUUCGAAAACAACCUGUACUCAGCCACUUCAAUGAACUUCCUGGGCUCUGAACCUGUCCUGAUGCGCAGCGGUUCUGUCUCCAUACGUACUGAGUUCAAGAGCUCCUGGCUUCAUGAGCCCAACUUUGUUUCCAUGGCCCAGAUGCCAGAGUCCAUGAUGAGCGCAAUAGGAGAUGAUGACAAGGUUUACCUGUUCUUUAGUGAAACGGCUGUGGAGUGCGACUGCUACAACAAACUGGUGGUCUCCCGUGUGGCCCGCGUCUGCAAGGGGGAUCUGGGAGGUCAGAGGACCUUGCAGAAGAAAUGGACAUCCUUCCUGAAGGCAAGAAUGGACUGCCCAGUGCUUGAGUCUCAGCUGCCGUACAUUAUCCAGGAUACAUACCGCUGGUGUGACCCCCAGCAGCACUGGAAGGACUGCUUGUUCUACGCUGUCUUCACACCACAGUCGGACACAUCAGACCUGUCUGCAGUGUGUGCGUAUCGUGUGUCCGACAUCAGCAAAGUGUUUGCGGAGGGAAAGUACAAGACACCAGUCACCGUAGAAACCUCUUUUGUUAAGUGGGUGAUGUACAGCGGAGAUGUCCCCGUCCCUCGGCCCGGAGCUUGUAUAGACAAUAAGGCUCGUAAAGAGGGCAUAAAUCAGACCCUGGGCCUCCCAGAUCGGACCCUUCAAUUUAUCAAAGAUAGGCCCCUCAUGGACCAAGUCAUCCAGCCAAUAGGAGAGAAGCCUCUACUGGUGCGGAGGGGAGCUACAUUCACAUGUAUUGUAGUCAACCAAGUGCAGGGAGCAGAUGGAGAGAAGUACAACGUGAUGUUCGUAGGCACAGAGGAUGGCACACUGCUGAAGGCUGUAAACUACGAUGGAGAAAUGUUCAUCAUUGAGGAAGUUCAACUCUUCCAGGAUAAAGAGCCGAUCAAGAUUCUAAAAUUCUCUAAUGUCGCGGGUCAGCUCUAUGCAGGCUCAGACUCCGGAGCAGCGCAGAUACCACUAGCUACCUGUGAGAGGUCGUCAUCCUGUAUGGACUGUGUGCUAGCCAGAGACCCGUACUGUGGCUGGGACAAAGUUGCUGGGAAAUGUACUCUUCUCUCCAGUUCACAAGGAGAACUAAUCCAAAGUGUGAAAGACGGAGAUGCCUCUCUCUGCCCGGAUGCUGAUCCUGUUAAGCCCCUGAAUAGGUCCAUCUGGCCUAUGGGAAACCUAAAGCUCGACUGUCCUCCGCCUUCCAACAUGGCAGAAACCACCUGGGAGCGAGACGGCAGCCAUCUGAUCCCUGCGGAACGCCUUCAGAUUCUCCAAGACGGACUGCUUAUCCUGAACGCCUCACACUCUGACGCUGGACAGUACCGCUGCCUGUCAGUGGAGCACUCCAAAACUAGCAAGUACACGACUACUGUGGUAGAGUACCAGAUUAGUGUACAUCCAGCAGGCUCUGGUGAUGGGAAAGCGAUUCUUCCCCAGGCUCAGACAGACGGUCCCUCUGUGGCUGGACUGCAGGCUGCAAUAGGACUCCUUGUUGUUUGUCUUCUUGCCCUUUUGACCUGGAACUUUUACAAGGGCCAUCUACCACUGCCCUGGAACUGUGGAAACAAGAAGGUAGAACAGUCCCUUGACCAGGAGAGUCUGAACUCUCAUGUGACCCACCAACAAGCACAGAGGUCUGCACAGGCAGAGGAAAAGCCCCUGGUGGUGGGAAGAGACAAUGGCACCAGUAACAACAACCACAGCGGCGGGGAGGCAGCAGGCAGUGCUGCAGAGGAGGAGAACAAUGCCCCAGAAGUUAAUCUUCCAUCUCUGCAGUUUAUUGAUGAUGAGUCAGAGAUUUAAAAAAGACUAUCCCAUUACUAUUACCAGUUUCCCAUUCAAUGCAGUUGAAAUGUGAACAAUGAAAGGGAAUAUCCCACUACUGGAUUCAUCGUCUCAGCUUAAUUUUUGAGUAGAAAUCUCAACAAAAUGUGGUUCAAACUUUGUUUUGAGAAUAUGAACUGUUGAACACACCAAAAGAUUCUGAUGGGCUUUGUUCUGUAUGACAGACACUUGAACUCCUGCACCACUUCUUUCUUUGAGUACAACUGUUUGUAUAUUUAAAAGUGUAUUUUAGUUAAGGGAUGCAUGAUAUGUUCGGCUGAUGGUGGGAAAUGUAUGUUGUCAGCCGUUAAACUGCUCCAUUGAAUUUAUAGCUGUUAAACAGAGGUGAUAAAACAAAGCCAAACGUCUUUGAUUAAUGCGUCAAGUGCCUGUACCCAGGUAGAGCCACACAGAGUAGACUUAAAGCACAAACAUGUUGUCACAUGGACGUUUUUUCAGUUUCAGAGAAUGAUAAUAUGAUUGCAGCAUGCAAUACACGUUCUGCAGUUUUAACACAUGAAAUCUGAUUCGAGCUGUGGAAUAUUAAAUCAUCCAUCUCAGCUUUUCUUCCCCUCAGGUGUGCAUAAACUAAAGGUGAUGAAUUUCUUUUAAAAUACAGAAGUUAUACAUUGUUUAUCAGAAUGAGCUGUAUAAAUCCAUCCAUGGUGAAUUCUUACUUUUUAAUUGUUUCUACUAAUUGUCUUAAACCUCAUUUUAGAUCAGAAUAUCUUGUUAUGACUGGUAUGAUUUCACAAGGAAUGUACAAUAACUGAAAUUGAGCCAUUUCACUUCUAACCAUUUAACCUUUUGUUGUAUUAAACCUUGUCUACCUGAUUGUUGUGUUGUUCCAGCGGAGCCACAUAGCUAACAGGAUUUACCACUUUUCUGCAAGACUGGACUAGCAGAGAAUGUAACGAACAUGUGUGGAAGUUAGCUGCUGAUUUGAAUCACAUCUUUGUAUGACUGUCUCAUUCUUAAACUACUGUCCCUCUCUGCUGA